AUGGCAUCCAACUUGCAACAAUCUCAUGCUACCGACAUGGCGGAUCACGAAUUGCCUUUUCCGGGAAUUUCUGCUGUGGUCAUGUCGGUACCACAAGCGGGCAAGUCUCUCUCAACGAACCUCUCAACAUUGUCGCUCUCCUCGCAAACUCGAAGCACUACGGGUGCUGCACCGAAAAAGCACCUAAGAAGCGACGAAGAUGCUCGCAAAUCACUUAGCGAAUUGUUCCCUACACCCAAGUAUUUCAGUGAGCCAGAAUAUUUCAAUGGUGAAGCGCUGCCCAGAAGCAGUUUCAUGAACAAGAAAUAUCACUCGAGCAACUUCGCAACCCUACCGCAACGUCGCCGACCAUCCGAAGCCAUCGACCCCAGCCAGGAGAACUUGAGCAGAACCGAUCUCAUCAAACUCGGACGGUCAGAGGCUCUUCGAAUAUUGCCUGAGGAGUAUGCGGCCAAGUACAUGCUGCGGCACGAAAACUUUACCAUUGGCGGUAAAGUUGUCAACAAAGGUGGCUAUUUGUUCACCGAGGCCGACUUCGAGGGUAUGCAAGCCGAGGCCAUGCAGCGCAAGGGCAUGCAACACAGCUCAAGCAAGCGACCUCUACGAGAUCUAGAUCUCAGGUUCUCUGCGAUUGAAGGCAUGACGCAUUUCGGCGCAUGUUUCGUCACCAAUGGCAUCAACUAUCCGCUUUCCAGCCGUGAGGAGAAGGAUGCUGUCUUACAAAUUUUCGAUCAGCAAGUCAGUCGAGACAAGAACGCUUUAUCAAAGGCGUUUGCAAUCAAACCUCAGAAUGGCAUCUCACCGACACAAGCUACUGAUCUUUUGAGGCAUAAAGUCCAACGCCUUUUGAGGGACCGUGUUCUAACCAUCUGCGACAAUACAGUCGUCCCCUGUACCGAGGAUGAUGAGCCACUGGUUGGUGAACAGAAUCGAUACACCAGACGAGCGCUGAAAGAAGUUUUCAGACUUCUGACUGACGAGAACGAUGGAUGGCUGGCAGACGAUCCGCUUGAGCAACAACUGGAUCCUUUCAGGUGGACGCGGAGCAUUGUUACCAUCGAAACGAAAGCGGGAUCUCGAGACAUGGUCACACUGGCUAUCAAGAGGAGGUCCCAAAUGCUGCCUACCAAGACCACGGAUAUUUUCGGCUUCGGUCUCACUUUCGCAGAGUCAUACUCAGAGCUCAGACGCGAGACCAAGGUCAGCGUCGCAUGCAAGGAGGCGAUUACCCAGCUGCGUGCAAAGAAAGCCUCGAAGGAUGCUGAUCCUGUGGUGGAUGCAGAGGACCAGAAAAUUGCCCCGAAAGUGCACACUUCUGAACCUGCACUUCAUACCGGGCAUGGUGGGCCACAGAAUGACGGACCAGAAAAGGCCUUAGAUCCAUCAUCAAAUCCUGCAAUCAGCAAAAUCGCAGAAAGCUACGGCCCCGAAAAGCGAAAACGACGAAGGCCAGCGGAGAACUCUGAGCAAUUUGAGCGAACUGCACAACAAGCACCACCAAGGAAGAACAAUGGCGCCCUUGUGCGCAUGAGAUCGGAAGCGCUUCCUCGGGCCGCCGCAUCUUCUGCUGAUGGCACCUCCUCCACCAGUAAUGCUCGUGCCGAUGGGUACGACUCUUCGCGGAGAUCCAACAAUGACAAUGCGGCACCUUCUAGGUUGGUCAUUCUGCGCUUCAGCACAAGCGCUGCGACCAAAUUCGAGGACAUUGUCGAUCGUCCAACAGCGAACAAACGACAGAGGCUACAGACUUACCCACAACAGGCAGCAAGCACUGAAGAGACUGCAGUCAACGAUACCUCGACAUCACAGCCUGCGAAUUCUGAAUCGAAGCCUCCGCAGAAUCAGCUCAAGCCACAGCCUGAGAAGGGGAAGGGCCGGAGGGCUAAACGAAAGUAG